AUGCAUAUUUAUGCUCUGUUCUUUGUGUGUCUGGCAGCUUGUGUGGCUUGGGCAGGACACCCGUCCUCACCACCUGUGGUAAACACUGCGCAUGGCAAAGUCCAGGGGAAGUACGUCAGCUCAGGACUCCCCCAGCCUGUGGCUGUUUUCCUGGGUGUUCCCUUUGCUAAACCCCCUCUUGGAUCCCUGAGAUUUGCUUCACCGCAGCCUCCAGAGCCAUGGAUCUUUGUGAAGAACACCACAACCUACCCUCCUAUGUGCUCCCAAGAUGUGGAGAGGGGAAAGCUGCUCGCAGAGACGUUUACCAACAGAAAGGAGAGCAUUGCUCUCCAGUUUUCUGAAGACUGUCUCUACCUAAAUAUUUACACUCCCGCCGACUUGACAAAGACCAGCAGGCUGCCGGUGAUGGUGUGGAUCCAUGGAGGUGGACUGGUGGAGGGCGGGGCGAUAGCUUAUAAUGGACUGGCCCUCUCUGCCCAUGAAAACGUGGUGGUAGUGGUCAUUCAGUACCGCUUAGGCAUCUGGGGAUCUUUCAGCACAGAAGAUGAACACAGUCGAGGGAACUGGGCCCAUUUGGACCAGGUGGCUGCACUGCGCUGGGUCCAGGACAACAUCGCCAACUUCGGAGGGAACCCAGGCUCUGUGACCAUCUUUGGGGAGUCAUCAGGAGGUCAAAGUGUCUCUGUUCUUGUGUUGUCUCCGCUGGCCAAGAACCUCUUCCACAGAGCCAUUGCUCAGAGUGGUGUGGCCCUUACUCCUGGUCUGGUUGGGAAUGGUAUCAGGCACAUAGCUGAGCAAAUUGCUGCCAUUUCUGGGUGCAAAACCACCACAUCUGCUGUCAUGGUUGACUGCAUGCGUCGGAAGACAGAGGACGAGCUCUUGGAGACUACCAUGAAAUUGAGUUAUUUUAGGCUUAAUUUACAUGAAGACAACAAAAAGAAUCAUAUCUACAUACCAAGUCUGAUUGAUGGAGUGCUGCUACCAAAGGCACCGGGAGAGAUUCUUGCUGAAAAGAAUUUCAACACUGUCCCCUUCCUAGUGGGGAUUACCAAGCACGAGUUUGGCUGGAUUAUACCAAAGAUGAUGGGCAUUCCACCUGCUGAAGUAAAAAUGGACCAAAAGAUGAUCACAUUACUCCUGAAGAAGUUUUCUUCCACAUUUGGAAUUCCUGAGGAUAUACUUCUGGCUGCCUCUGAGAAGUACCUAAAAGGUACAGAUGACCCAGCCCACAAAAGAUACCUGCUCCUGGAGUUGUUUGGGGAUGUGAUGUUUGGCAUCCCCUCUGUGAUUGUAUCCCGAAGUCAUAGAGAUGCUGGAGCCCCCACCUACAUGUAUGAGUUUCAGCAUCGUCCAAGCAUCUCAUCAGACGAGAGACCCAUGACUGUGAAAGGAGACCAUGGGGAUGAGAUUGAUUCUGUCUUCGGUGGCCCAUUUUUAAGAGGAGUUUCCUCAAAAGAGGAGCUCAACCUCAGCAAAAUGGUGAUGAAAUACUGGGCCAACUUUGCUCGGAAUGGGAACCCUAAUGGGGAGGGACUGCCCCAUUGGCCAGUGUAUGACCAGAAGGAAGGGUACCUACAGAUUGAUGUCACCACCCAGGCAGCCCAGAGGCUGAAGGACAAGGAAGUGGCUUUGUGGACUGAGCUCCUUGCCAAGAAGCCACUCCAGACACAACACACUGAGCUGUAA